AUGGCCAAGAUUUGCCUGCUGUUGCUGGUGGUGCUGGACGGAUAUCGGUGCACGGCCACCGGAGAAUGGAAAGUGAAACGAGAAAGUGACAGUGGUACCGACGAUCGGCGCAGCGCGGCAGACGACACCCUGGAUGAAGUGAUCUACGAUCAACGUCAGGUGUCGGGUGGCACCAAUAUACGGUUAAACAUUAAGAACUUCCAGGUUCAGCUACCCGAAUCUCAGCUAGGACACUUCCACCAAUCCGAUAUGGCACACCUGAUACGUGACUCCGUUCUACGUCUGCUGGGUAUUUCAACCCGGAUCGCACCGAUACAACCGGAGCAGGAACAAGAACCGGAAGCCUCGUUAGCCGAGAAAGCUUCGAUGCUGCAGGUGAACGGGAACAAUGUGCCGGCCAAGUUUUUUCUCGAGAUCAGUGAUUUCCUCAUGAACACGAAGGAUAACGAUGCGGUCGAUGAUAAGCGCGUGGACGAUAACCACAACAGGCAACAGGAGCAGCUGCAAGGACUGCGCCAGUCUAACGAACAGCAUCAUCCUCUGUACGCCGUGGAAGAGAUCAAGAUCGAGCGGCUGGAAAACUCGAACAACGUGAAAAACGAAACCAUUACCAUCAGCACGAAGCGCACGAAUGUGGCCAGUGUUCCUCCGGAUUCACCGGUGCUCGAGCGGAACCUCACGGAGACCCGCACGGCGGCCAACGCGUCCCAGCAGGCAACGGAAUCCGAGAAUCGAUUUGUGCAAACGAAACCGAUCCGCCUGGACACGGUAGUAAUGGGGAUCGGGGCACAGGGCCCCCCGAAAACGCUUCGUGAAAAGGUCAUCUGGAGGGUGCCGUCCGAAAGUGGCGCCGUGCCGUAGCAGGUAAGCGUUAGCGAGGAGGGCGCGUGCCUCCUAACGGAAGGCCGAUGGGAGGCCGCGGGAGAA